AUGUUAGACGCAAACGCAACUACACCAAGAGUCUUCAUCGCUCGACACGGUGAAACAGAAUGGACCAUCAACGGCUGCUGCACUAGCAAGGCUAAGAUUCCUCUCACCGCAAACGGAAUUGCUCAAGUUCAAGGCACGGGCGAAGUCCUUGUCGGUGCUGGCAAACUCAUUGACCCUUCCAAACUAACACAUGUUUCUACUUCACCUCGCAAACGGGCUGUUGAUACGUUAUCGAUGUUGCUCGGGCCUGCACAUAAAGAUCGACUUGAUCAGGAGAACAAAAUCGCCACCACAGAGGAUAUCGCAGAGUGGAAUUAUGGAGAUUAUGAAGGCCUGAAACCGGAUGAGAUUAAAGAAAGCAGAGCUAAGAGAGACCUACCAAAAUGGGAUAUCUGGACUCAAGGCUGUGAGGGCGGAGAAUCGGCAGAAGAAGUACAAGCGCGUCUGGAUAGACUCAUCGACCAGAUUUAUGAGCUGCAGAGUCCUCGUGUAGAUGGCAAAAGUGGCGAGCCUACUGAUGUUUUGAUAGUUGCUCACGGUCACAUCUUGCGCGCGUUCACGAAGAGAUGGCUUCGCUAUGCUAUGGACUUUCCAUUCCAGAUGAUGAUGGAGCCGGGUGCGAUUGGUAUUAUGAGUUAUGCACAUCACAAUAUUAAGGAGCCGGCUAUUUUGGUUGGCACGGGAUAUCCUUUAUCGAAGUAG